AUGAGUGGCGCAGAUGGUUGUCUUGUCAUGUGUUCUUCAUUCCCUUGUGCAACUCCAGAAAAUGGCACAAGGGAUACUUCCCCCACUAUUGUUCUUGAUCAUGGUGAUCCAACAAUGUAUGAGUCAUAUUGGCAAAAAAUGGGGAACAAGUGUAACAUAACAUUCAAUGGUAAUGAUUCAUUGAGUUAUUUUGCUAAUGGUAAGAGCUUGUGUUGGUUCUUGGAGUCAAAACUAGAGGAACAAAUUAAGAGGCUGCACAAAAUAGUUGGGAAUGCAAUUGUGGAUAAUAAUUAUAUUGUUGUUGGCACUGGAUCGAGCCAGCUUGUGCAGGCUGCCCUUUAUGCUCUUUCACCAUCUGAUCAACUUGAACCAAUCAGCGUAGUUUCAGCUUCACCUUUUUAUUCGGCAUAUCCUGAUAUGACUGAUUUUGUGAGGUCAGGACUACAUAAAUGGGCUGGAGAUGCAAAUCUUUUUGAGAAAGAUGGACCUUAUAUUGAGUUGAUUACAUCUCCAAAUAAUCCUGAUGGAAUUAUUAGAGAGCCUGUAGUUAAUGGAGAACAAGGAAAAUUAAUAUACGAUUUAGCUUAUUAUUGGCCACAGUAUACUUCUAUUACUUCACCUGCUAAUCAUGAUGUUAUGCUAUUUACUAUUUCCAAAUGCACUGGUCAUGCUGGUUCGAGAAUUGGUUGGGCACUUGUUAAAGACAAAGAGGUGGCAGGGAAGAUGACAAAGUUCAUGGAGAUUAGUACAAUUGGUGUAUCAAAAGAAGCUCAACUUAGAGCUGGUAAAAUUCUUGAAGUGGUCUCUGAUAGUUGUUUGGAUUUUACAUUGGAAAAUUUCUUUGAAUAUAGUCGGUCUCUUAUGACUGACAGAUGGCAGAGGUUAAGACAAGUUGUUACGGACAAUGACAUUUUUUUCAUCCAAAACUACCCUCGUCAAUAUUGCCUCUUCACAAAAGACGUGUGUGAAUCACACCCUGCUUUUGCAUGGCUAAUUUGCAAAGGAGGUGAAGAGGAGGACUGUGAAAAGCUUCUUAAAGAACACAAGAUUCAAACAAGGAGUGGAAGAAGAUUUGGAACUGACUCAAGAAAGGUUAGGAUAAGUAUGCUGAGUAGAGAUGAAGACUUCAACAUUUUUCUGAAGAGGCUUAUGACUAUUAAGGGAUGUAUAAAUAAAAAAUAA